AAGCAGCAAGCAACCAGCUACAGCAAUUCGUGAGACGAGAUAUUAUUCUUUUCUACCUCAAUUCUUUUCUUUAGAUAGUACUGUAAGUGAUGCAUCCCAAUUGCAUUGGCCGGCCCCGAUGAUAGAAGGGGACCAAUGGCAGUUAUCCCCCCCUGGUCCGGUUGCUUUGAAGUGAGCAAGCUACUUAAGUUACUAGCUGGUAGCUACUCACUUCACUACUGGACGGUCGGAGGACUUCCAUGUUCUUCCACGGAGCGGCCUGAGGCCCACGGCGGAUGGCCUGGCAAGUUGCAUGAUUGGCGCGCAUGGGCUGACGCACAGGACGGAAGCGGUUAGCCAGCCAGUGCCCCUCCAGCAACAAUGUUCUCCCGAAGCCUGAGGUCAACAAUAACCCCACCUUGCUCGCCCUUCGCUUCUCGUCCCCUCUUCUCCAUCCCCAAUUGCAAGCAAUCUUCCUUCCUCUCUCUUCGUCCUUUCCAUCAAUCAUCCGCAGCCAUGUCUGGAAACACUCAAGCCUUCUUUGAAGUUCAGUACGCCCCCGUGGGCUCCAGUGCCCCCAAGACGGGCCGUAUCGUCUUCAACCUCUUCGAGAAGGACGUCCCCAAGACCGCCCGCAACUUCCGUGAGCUCUGCACCAAGCCCCAGGGUGAGGGUUACAAGGGCUCUACCUUCCACCGUGUCAUCCCCCAGUUCAUGCUCCAGGGUGGUGACUUCACCCGCCACAACGGUACCGGUGGUCGCUCCAUCUACGGUGAGAAGUUCGCCGAUGAGAACUUCAUCUACAAGCACAACAAGCCCGGUCUCCUCUCCAUGGCCAACGCUGGUCCCAACACCAACGGCUCCCAGUUCUUCAUCACCACCGUUGUCACCUCUUGGCUCGAUGGCAAGCACGUCGUCUUCGGUGAGGUUGCCGAUGCCGACUCCAUGCAGGUCGUGAAGGAGAUCGAGGCUCUCGGCUCCUCCUCCGGCUCCAUCCGCUCCAACAUCAAGCCCACCAUCGUCAACUGCGGUGAGUUGUAAGCGGUUUCCAAGGAUAACAGAUGGCAAAAUUGGGAUAUCAUCCCACGAGCUGGUGUAAACCCAGCACUGUGAGGAUUAAUGGUGGACAAUUCUCUUUCUCCCUACCCGGUGUAAUCUAGAG